AUGGUUCAUGCAGUAACAAGUUCUGAAGAACUUAAAAAAGAAAUUAAUGAUGAAAAAAACAAAGACAAAUUAAUCGUCAUAGAUUUUUUUGCAACAUGGUGUGGUCCUUGCGUUCGUAUAGCACCAAAAAUUGAAGAUUGGAGUACAGGCGAUUUUAAAGAUGUACUAUUUCUUAAAUGUGAUGUAGAUCAAGUUGAAGAACUUUCAACAGAAUAUAAAGUUGAAGCAAUGCCAACAUUUGUUUUUAUUAAAAAUGGAGAAGAAAUUCAUCGAAUUGUUGGUGCAAGUAUCGAUCAAAUACAAAGUGGCAUUGAGAGCCAUCGCAAAUAG